CUUAUCUUUCGAGAAUGAUCUGGCCCGUUACGUCUCUGGCGGUGCUAUGCCUUCUCCAUCAGUCUAUAUUUUCACUGCUUCAAUUGACUCUCCCCAUCCCCUGCUUAUUCAUCUGCGCAGAGAAUAUCAUCUCCAUUCAGAAUUUCUGAUUAAAAAUGGCGGAACCAAAGAUCUUUGAACUAAACAAUGGCACCAUGCAAGUGAAAGUCUCCAACUUUGGGUGCACUAUUCUUUCCUUGUCUGUACCAGAUAAAGAUGGCUGUGAAGGGAAAUUGGAUGAUGUGGUGCUUGGAUUUGAUACUAUUGAACCCUACACGAAAGGAGCUGCACCCUAUUUUGGCUGCAUUGUUGGCCGGGUGGCCAAUAGGAUCAAAGAUGGGAAGUUUACUCUUAAUGGAGUUGAAUACUCUAUUGCUAUUAACAAGCCACCUAACAGUCUCCAUGGUGGGCACAAGGGGUAUGACAAGGUUAUAUGGGAGGUUACUGCCCAGAAGCAGGGUGAAAAUCCAUCAAUCACCUUUGCAUAUCAUAGCCAUGAUGGCGAAGAAGGUUACCCAGGAGAUCUCUCAGUCACUGCUACUUACACACUCACUUCUAAGACAGCAUUGAGGCUUGACAUGGUAGCAGUCCCCCAAAACAAGCCUACUCCUGUCAGCUUGGCUCAACACACCUACUGGAACUUGGCUGGCCACAAUUCCGGUGACAUCCUUGAACACACUGCUCAGAUAUGGGCAAAUCAUGUCACUCCUGUUGAUCAAAACACCAUCCCAACCGGUGAAAUAGUACCGGUCAAAGGCACCCCAUUUGACUUCACAACAGAAAAGAAGAUCGGGCGUGAUAUCCAACAGGUUGGUUUAGGAUAUGACCACAAUUAUGUGGUCGACUACGAAGGUGAGUUGAAAGAGGGCUGGUUGAAACAUGCUGCAAAGAUCAAAGAUCCCAAGAGCUCAAGGGUUCUUAACCUGUGGACCAAUGCACCUGGCAUGCAGUUCUAUACUGCUAACUAUGUUAAUGGGAUUGUUGGUAAAGGUGGAGCUGUAUAUAAUAAGCACGCCGGCGUUUGUUUAGAGACACAGGGUUUCCCGAAUGCCAUUAACACACCAAAUUUCCCGUCUGUUGUUGUUCAACCCGGGGAGGAGUACAAGCACACCAUGCUGUAUGAGUUUUCAGCCGAGUAAGAUGAUUUUCUGAUCAAGUAAAUAUAACAAUAAAUUCACUCCUAGAAUAUGCACUAUAUAGGCUCAUAUAGUGGAUUUUUUUUGGAGUAUGAGAUGAUGAUGGGUUAUGAAAUUGUACUGGCUAUGAUUGUACUCUUGAUCCCCAUUAUUGAAAUUUCAUUUGAAGUGUUAGUAUUUCAUUGUUUGUAAUUCAUUUCAGAUUGAGAUACUGAGUUUGGAUGGAAUAAAAUUCAAAAAUAGAAAAGUAGAAUGGAG